AAUUUGACAUGUACAAUUUCUUUCUUAAUGGUGCAGAAAAUUUUCCUUCUUAAAUUCUUGUGUGACGAGGUAUUGAAUUCAGCCAUUCUUCGUGAUCACAUUGACCGAAGUGCCUCUCUGUCUGCUGAAUUGCAGCAGAAACUGCGUAGCCUCAGUGCUGAACUGAAGCUUCUAAAGUACAGGAGGGAAAUUUUGACUGCAAAGCUGAAGAAUAAUGCUCGGAGCAGUGGAGACACAGGAUCAGACACAUCUCUAUGGUCCAAUGACUGUAAACUGAAGGUGCAGGGGCCCGACAGUGGCAGCCAUAACUCGUCAAUCGCUGGUGGUUGCAGACAGCUGGAUGAUGGCACUCAACACAAUCAGUGUAAUGAUUACAGUAAGCAAUCUUGCUUGUACACUUCAAAAACCAUUCAGCAUAAAACUUGUGCAAGUGGCAGCAGUCUUAUUAAAAACUCUCCCGAUCCAAUCAAUCAUUUACAGCAUCAGCAGUUGUUGAAGGAUAAUACUGGGUCCCUGAAUACUUCAUCCCAUGUAAAAUGUGGUACUGAAGAUGUUAGUUUGCAAAACGACAUAUCUACUAUCCUCCAACAAGAAACUGACCAAAUGCCCGGUAAUCGUUUGGAGUCUGCACAAAGUAGUUCGAAAAGUCUCAGGCUGUUUGCUACUCAAAUAAUGACCAACAAUACUAUUUCAGGCUCCACAAGCAACCCUUUGGAGGAAGCAUACCUUUCUGAGAUAUCUGCUCUGAAGGAGGAAAUUAGAACUUCAGAGGGCUCAAUUGCUGCCAAAGAAUUGGAACUCCAGGAGGUUUCCGUUAGGAAGGAAUACAUGGGACAGGAUUCUGAGGGCAGAUUUUACUGGACUUUUGGCAGGCCUACUUCUUCACUAUUAGUAGCUCAUGCAAGUACAAGUAGACAAUCUGAGUCGGCUCAUUUGUGGUCCUAUGCCCCUUGGGAGAAUAUGAGCAUUCCUAAUCUUGAUCAGUGGACAUGUUAUCAAUCUGAUGUUGAGAUUGAAGUACUUGUUCAAUGGCUUAGAGAGCAGGACACCAGAGAGAAAGAAUUAAAGGAGUCUAUUUGGCAGUGGCGGGAUAAUAAAACCAUGAUAUACAACUAUAUGGAAAGCCCAGUCCAUAACAAGGUGGGACUGAGCACCUUCCCCUCUGAGGAUUCUGGUUCCUGCACUUCUGAUUCUCUUGACACCAGAGCCAUUAGUGCCAUUAAAAAGAUGAUUGAUGGUUGCUUAGCAGAAGAGGAAACAGAAUUUUGCCAGGAUAUGGGUGUUAAAGUGCGAGUUUUUUUGGAUGGUGAAGUAUACAGGUGUGAGUGUCUAGAACCGUUAUGGCCGUCUAGACCUCAUUGUCUGUCAUGCCAUCAAACGUUUUCCAAUGCUAAGGAACAUCUUAAGCACGCAAAUGAAAAGUGCAGGAUUGAUUCUCCAAUUCAGCAGGACGGUGAAACAAGUGAACAUCCAGCUAAGCGGAAAAAAAUAACAAAAAGUGAAGCGCUGCUGGAGAAUUCUUUGAGCAAUAUUGACAUGUCUCAAGCUUCCAAGAGCAAGAAGCUUGGUAAUGGUGAAGCACCUAGGAGGGACAAGCAUGGUAGAUCACCAGCUUCUGCUGAAUAUCAAACCGAACAGGAAUGUCCAUUUAAGUUUGAGGAGAUCAAAGCACAGUUCAUCAUUCAGAGUUCACUCAAGGAGCUGGUGAAAGACAUAGGACUCCUUGGGUAUAAUGGUACACCAUCAUUUGUUCCAGGCACAUCUCCAUAUCUAAGUGAUUCUGCUCUUGGAUUGCUCUCCCAAAGGGAAGAUGAGGUAGGAAAUUGUACAGAUUUGUUCUCUUCGGAGGAGCAACUUCGGAAUGGGGUCAAACUUUCUUGCACUAAUAACUUUGACUAUCCAAAUUAUACUGGAUAUGGCUCUGCUGAGGGUGGACCAAUGUUUGAGAGACUAAAAUCUGCAACAAAGAGGGGAAGAGAUCAGUUUUCUUCUACCAAGGAUAAAAUCCUUGAAUUUGGGGAUAAAAUGUACUUGGUUAUUCCUGAAUCCUCUCUACAGCCUGUUGUGGGCCAGGCUUUUGUAAUUUUUAGGAGUCUUAAAAUCAACUUGCUUGACAUAGAUGCGGCUUUACCUGAAGAAGCUUUGAGAGUGUCAAGGUUACAACCAGAGAGAAGACGUGCAUGGCGUGCCUUUGUAAAAUCUGCAGCUACAAUUUAUGAGAUGGUCCAAGCCACAAUUAUUUUAGAGGACGCCAUCAAAACCGAAUGCUUGAAAAAUGAUUGGUGGUACUGGUCAUCACCUUCAGCUGCAGCAAAAAUCUCGACGCUCUCAGCCCUUGCCCUCCGUGUGUAUGCGUUGGACUCGGCUAUUUUGUAUGAGAAACUUUCAGGUCAAGAUGCCUCAGAGACGGAUUGCAAGGAAGAGAGGGAACCUCCUACUCACAAUUCUGUCCUCACGAGAACAGGCAGUCCUUCAAGGAAAAAGCUACUUGACUCGGAACCUGCUGAGACUUCAAGACCCAAGGGCUGCAGGACAAGUAAGAGGAGAAAAGAUUUAGGCAGCUAAUACCGGAAACAGGCUUCAGGUUUAUGGAGCAGAUCAUCUUUAUCUGCAAUUUUUUUAAAGGAAUUCACUGUACUGAUAUGUAUACCAGCCAGGCCAAUGCUUGUGCCGUGGUUGAAAUUCUUUAAGCAGAAAGGAGUUGCGUAAGAUGUGCAACAUCCUAUCUGAAACUGCAGGAGCAGGUUGUGCACCAACUCUAUCCUAUCUGAGAUGUUUUGCUCUUUGACUAGGUGGAAAUUAACUAAAUUCUUCUUGCCCCGAGGAAGAUCGAAAUUUCUUCCAGAUCUUCGAGUAUACAUACGGAAAGGCCUUUAUGCUGAUAAGAUAGUGCAUUUGGGCUUUUAGACUUUUUGAGAAAUACAGAUUUGGGAGGAGGCGGGCGUGUUAAACAGUUGCAUCCGAUGUACAUAGUAAAGUAAGUUUGAACAGUUAGUGUCAUCCUGUAUAUAAGUUUUAUAUAGGUUAGUAAUGUUGUUUAUCAGAUUACCUUUCUGAUCAAUGAAAAGGCGGCAACCAGAUUCUUCUGA